GCAAGCUUCUCGAGGAGGGUAAGUCGCAUGCGCGGCAGUGACCCUCUGGAGGGGAACUCGUGUGGGGGCAUCAGGCUGCCGACGUGGCACUCGCCGGGCAGGUGGUAGAGCAAGGUGGGAAGAGUGGACUGAGUCGGGCCACGUCAGACACGAGGAAAGCAGUGUCCGGCGAGCUCUUGAUCGUUGAGAUCGUGCUUAGGAGUGAGUGGCAACUAGAGUGACAGCCCUUGUCAAGGACUUAACGUGUCAAUCAAUCGGCAGCCGCCUUACAAAAUCUACAUUGUUGACAGCUACCUAGGCAGGGACAAGAGGGGAUGGACCGGCCACAGCAUUCACGAGAGGAACCGCCAGUGAAACUGGACGCUGCUGAUGCGAAUGCCCCUCAAAGCACGGCGGAAUUGACUGUAUUCGUUCAGAACCUUCUUCAGCAAAUGCCUGCCGCUGUUGCCACCGCCGCUCCCCCAUGCGGCCCGGGCGCACAGUCAGCUGCGCCCCUUUCUCCAGGACCUGCGCCGACUUACUCAGCCGUGGCACAGGCCUCCGCUCCUCGAUCCCCUCGUCGCCAAAACGGUGGUGCACCACUCAUCCGCUUGUCGGACAUUGCCUUGUAUGACGGUACAGGCAUACGCGUGUCCCGGUGGCUGCAGUCUGCCACCCGCACACUCCAGCUCAUGGGCGCCACACCCGAGACGUGGGUGGGUCACCUCUCCACGCGCCUGCGUGGCGGUCCUCUCGAGGCCUGGGAGGAUUUCUAUGCCUACUCCCUUCGUGAGGGUCGGACUCCAACCUUCGUGGAUUUCCAGGCGUUCCUCGAGGAUCGCUUCGGAGCCCGAUACGACGUGACUGACGCCUUCGAGCGUGUUGUCACUACACGCUGGUCCGACUCUGGUGGCGUUGCCGGCCUGGAUCGCCACAUCCAGGUCUUUCAGGACGCCCGCCUCGCUUGCGACGUGGCGUUCCUCCCCGAUGCUGCCCUUAUCGAUCGUUUCUUGGCCAGCCUUCCGCUCGAGUAUCGCUCCGAGCUAUGGCGGUACGAGUUCACAUCGGCCCCACAGGCUUACGAGGCCGCGAGGGACCACCAGCGGAUGCGAGCCCGUCUUCACCCCGCCUCCUCCUCCCAGCCCCAGCGCACGGGCUACGCCGCCUCCUCUCACGACACUUCCCAGCGCCGUUCCCCGUUCCGCGGUCGCCCCCGCCGUUCCACGCAGCAGGGCCGCCACUUCUCGCGCCGCUUCAGCGCGCUGGAGUAUGCCACGGUGCAGUGUACACCUGCGCCCUCCUCAGUAGUGGGCUUCCCGACAUCUCCGUCGCGGUUCGCCCCUCUCGCUACUGGAGUUGAGGUAUCGCAGGACUCGACAGAGUGUACUCAGCCCUUUGUCGUAGUGCCGUCUGCGCCUCCGCAGACCACCGUCUCCCCUCCUCCCCCGCCGCGACUACCGACGCGUCGAGCCAUUCGCUCAGCCCGUUGCCGCGAGCAGCUUGCUACUCGCGAGGACAUUGUGUCCUCUCUUCUGGACUUGAGCAUGCUCCAGGCUCGUCAGGAGCGACUCACCCUCCAUGUCGCUGCACUGCGUCGCCUUCUCGCCAUCCUCUCUGACCCUGAUCGCACCCUCCCGAUCAUCCCCGUACGACUCGGGACCUCCACGAGGGUGUACUUAGCGCUGUGGGAUUCCGGAUCUCAGGGCGACUUCAUUCACCCACGCGUGGUGAAGGAAGCCCGCUUACCCAUGACAGGGUCUCCGACUCCCAUCUCCGUUACCCUCGGGGAUAACAAGACCCAGCGCUUCUUCGAUCAGACGGUCACCGAUCUCCCCUUCUUCCUCACUCUCGAGCCGACUGAGCGUUCCCCGGCGUCUCGUCGCCACCGCUCCUCUGCACAUUUCGAUGUGAUGGAGACGGGGUACGACUUCAUUGUCGGCACUCCGUGUUCUCGUCGGUUCCGCAGCACCGAGGCGGAUUGGGCGACCAACACUCUCGUUCUCAAAACGAAGUGUGGACAGACGUAUCGCGUACCUUUCAUAGGUACCAUGGGGACACCACGCCCCGAUCCUCCUCCCCCGGAGCCUUCAGUGCCCACACCAUCUCCCUCUCUCACUGUCACCUCGCCUCGGCAGUUCGCUCACUUCAUUCGACAGGACGACGUCACCUUCUUUAUGGUGGACGUGACGGAUCUCUUACACUAUGAUCCACCCUGUCCCGACGCCGAGCUCAUCCCUCUGGAGCCAGAUCCUCCCUUUAUCUCCAUGGCUCCCAUCUCUGCUUCCGUCCCUCCGCCGUCCGUCGAGUCCACCCCACCGUCGCGCGCUGACGCUGACGUUGAGGAACUCGCACGAUAUACGAAUGACUUGGAGCCCGCAGUUCGUGACCUCAUCCGAGAGUACCACGACGUUUUCCCAUCGUCAUUCUCAUACGCCGGCAUCCCACCGAUGCGUGACGUCGAGCACUCCAUUCAGCUCGUGCCUGACUAUCGUGUUCACCACCAGGCACCCUACAGACUCUCGAUCCCCGAGGCCACCGAACUCGAGCGUCAGCUUGCGGAGCUCCUGAGACUGGGUUUCAUUAAACCCAGCAACUCCCCGUGGGGUGCACCCGUCCUCUUUGCUCGCAAAGCGGAUGGAAGUCUUCGUCUCUGCAUCGACUACCGCGGCCUCAACCGCUACACGGUUAAGAAGAGCUACCCCAUGCCUCGUUCUGAUGAGCUGUUCGACCGCCUAGCAGGCAACCGCUUCUUUACGAAGAUUGAUCUUCGUAGCGGUUACCAUCAGAUCCGCGGCGCUGCAGCCGACCAGCCGAAGACCGCGUUCCGAUUGCGAUUCGGCCACUACGAGUUCACGGUGAUGCCAUUCGGCCUCACCAACGCACCCGCUACCCUCCAGAGGGCGAUGAACGACAUCUUCAGGGACAUCCUGGAGUAUGAGGCGGUGUCCUUUGACAUUCUGGACACCAAAUUCGACAUGAUCUUGGGCAUGUCAUGGCUGCGAAGCAAGGAUCACUCGGUGAACUUCUUCAACCGUACCGUUCACGUUCGUGACAGGAACGGAGUAUUAGUUCCAUUCACGGUGCCUCUUCCUCAUCCUUCGAUCAKCUGCCACGUGGUAUCCGCCGCAAGCAUGCGAGCUUCCAUCAUCAGAGACGACAUCGAGGAGAUGGGGGGGUGUUUUCUCCACGCCUUCCCGCCACAUGACGCUUCAUCGACGGACUCACCUUYGGAUCCACGCAUCACCAAACUUCUCGACGCCUACAGCGACGUGUUCGAAGACCCGCAUGGAGUAGUACCGGAUCGACCCAUCCGCCACAAGAUCAUCCUCGAGGACGGGGCCGUACCUCCGCGCGGUUGCAUCUACCGAAUGAGCGAGGAAGAGUUAAGUGUGCUUCGGGCACAACUCGACGACCUUCUAGAGAAAGGCUGGAUUCGGCCUAGCUCAUCGCCAUACGGUGCUCCUGUUCUCUUCGUCCGGAAGAAGAACAAGGGCCUGCGGUUGUGCAUCGAUUAUCGCAAGCUCAACGCGCAGACGAUCAGGAACGCCGGCCCUCUCCCACGCAUCGACGACCUUCUCGAGCGAUUGGGCGGCGCCCAGUUCUUCUCUAAGUUGGAUCUCAAGUCAAGGUACCACCAACUCGAGAUUCGCAAGGAGGAUCGCUACAAGACCGCGUUCAAGACUCGGUAUGGGCAUUUCGAAUGGCUGGUCAUGCCAUUUGGCCUUACGAAUGCCCCAACCACUUUCCAUGCGGCUAUGACGACGGAGUUCCGACACAUGCUGGAUCGUUUUGUACUUAUAUACCUCGACGACAUUCUGGUUUACAGUCGGAGUGUGGACGAGCAUGUGGAACACCUGCGCACCGUUUUGGAGCGGCUACGACAGGCCAAGUACAAAGCAAACCGCGGCAAGUGCGAGUUCGCACAGCAGGAGCUGGAGUACUUGGGACACUAUGUGACGCCGCAAGGCAUCCGUCCGCUUGCGGACAAGAUCGAGGCCAUCCGCGUAUGGCCCGAGCCCACCAACACCACGAACAUUCGUUCAUUCAUGGGGUUGGCAGGCUAUUAUCAGCGUUUCAUCACCGGAUACUCAAGGAUUGCCGCACCUCUGACGAGACUACAAUCGCCAAAGGUGCCAUUCGUAUUCGAUGACGACGCGCGCCAGGCUUUCCAAGCACUCAAGACGGCCAUGCUCAUGGCACCCGUCCUUAGCAUCUACGACCCCAGUCUGCCUACGAGAGUGACGAUUGACGCUUCCGGUUACGGCAUUGGGGCAGUCUUGGAGCAGCACGACGGCGAGGAUUGGCACCGUGUGGAGUAUUUCAGCCACAAAGUGCCUCCCAUCAAUUCUCUGGAUGAUGCAAGGAAGGAGCUGCUUGCGUUCGUCAUGGCUCUCAAGCGAUGGCGGCACUUCCUUCUUGGGCGUCGUAGGUUCACAUGGGUCACCGACAAUAACCCAUUGACCUACUACAAGACGCAGGACACGGUGAGCAGCACGAUUGGACGGUGGAUGUACUUCAUCGACCGGUUUGAUUUCACACCGAAACACGUUGACGGCCUCUCCAAUCGCGCAGCAGAUGCACUUUCGCGACGACCUGAUCUUUGCGCUAUGACGCAUCACGCCUUCGCGUUCGACGAGGACCUCCAGCGACACUUCAUCAGGGGCUAUCAGUCUGACCCAGAGUUUGCUACGUCGUAUGCGCAACUAUCUUCGGAUCACCCGCCGGCCAGCCACUAUCGCAUUGUCGACGGGUACUUGCUCCUCCACUCGAGAGGCAAGGACUUACUGUGUGUCCCACGCGACCGCCGUCUUCGGACUCGCCUUCUCGGCGAGUAUCAUGAUUCGCGACUCGCCGGCCAUUUCGGAGUCAAUCGCACGAUUGCACGGCUUCGACAACGAUUCCGAUGGCCCGACCUCAUUUCCGAUGUCAUGCGGUAUUGCGAUUCUUGCGAAGUUUGCCGACGCAGCAAACCCCGCAACCGCAAUCCCUAUGGCGAGUUACGCCCGAUGCCUAUCCCCUGGGAACCUGGUAUCUCCAUUGCUAUGGAUGUCACCGGUCCGUUUCCUCGAGACCGGCUCGGGCACGACGGCAUCCUCACGGUUGUGGACCGAUUGAGCAAGUACGCACGUUUUCUUCCUUGCAAGUACUACUCCACGGCUCCCGAGUUGGCACGCCUCUUGCACACCGGUUGGAUUUGUGGCCGCGGCGUACCCGAGGACAUAGUCAGCGACCGCGACACUCGUUUCAUGUCGACUUUUUGGACCUCUCUCAUGCAGGAGUCCGGCACGACGAUGAAACCCAGUUCGGCUCGGCAUCCACAGACAGACGGGCAAACGGAGCGGGCACAUCAGACCGCUCAAAUGAUGCUUCGUACGCUCAUCCGUCCGGACCAGAAGGAUUGGGUUGACCGCCUCCUCGACAUUGAGUUCGCCUACCACACUUCAGUGCACCCGGCGAUCGGUGUGACUCCAUUCGAGUUGCACCACGGUGGACGGAAAGGCCGUAUCUUCGCUGAUCUUCUCCUCCCUCGACCAGCCGACAUUGACGCCGCUUGCUCUCCCGCUUCCGUCCGGAAGUACAGGGAAUUGCUGGCUCAAGCCCGCACAAACAUGCAAAAGGCUCAAGUCCGCAUGCAGCAGCAAGCCAACAGGCGUCGCGUACCAUGUCCCAUCCGCGCCGGAGAUCGAGUUUGGUUCUCCUCGGAAGAGUUUGCAUUGGAACAGGAUGUCUCACGCAAACUACUCCCUAAGUGGUUUGGACCACGGACAGUGACAUCAGCUGCGGGCGAUGAGCCCGAUGGCCCUUCAUUUGUGAUCGACAUUCUUGAGCAUUUGACGGUCCAUCCAGUCUUUCAUGCGUCAAAGCUGGCAACAUAUACACCAGCUAAGAGCGAUGACUUCCCGGGCCGACGAUCGCAGGACCCUCCUAUGGAUGGUCAUCAGGAGGUUAACCGCGUCAUCUCAGAUCGCAAGUAUGGCAGCAAGCCGCGCCAGUACGAAGUUCCAUCUGAAGGAGGGAGAGCUCAGAAUUCAGAUGAUGGCAAUGGGUAUAAACCCGUGUUUGCUAGGAUGCCUUCAGAGAAGGUAGCGACAUCGACCUAUGAGAGGGAACUCUACGCUCUCAGGCAAGCAUUAGACCACUGGAAGCACUACUUGCUUGGGAGGUGCUUCAAAGUCUACUCAGACCACGAGACAUCGAGGUGGCUGAAGACUCGGGCCAAGAUGACACCUAAGCUUAAUGAGAUGGGGGGGCGGAUUGAUGACCUGGAGAGAAGCAUUGGGGAUUUGAUCAAGGAUGUGGGAGUGGAACCUCCCCCGGCGCCUAAUUCCUCUGGAGUAUCUCCCAUGGCUGCUGCGAAACUGGAGAAUGCGAAGUAAGCCAAUUUUUUUUUAUUGCACAGGGAAAGCGAAGGCGCCUAAUUCCUCUAGAGUAUCUCCCAUGGCUGCUGCGAAAGUGGAGAAUGCGAAGUAAGCCAUUUUUUUUUUAUUGCACAGGGAAAGCGAAGAGCUGUUUUGAUCAAAUGCAUUAGUAGUACUUGGCAAUGUAUAUGAUGAGAAGGGAAAGCUGUGAUCGCUGGCUGAUGUUGCUGGUGGUGCUCAUGCUAAUGUUGUUCAUGUGGGGAAGGUGAGACACUUCCUCUCAGUCUAGGCACGUGCUGGCACCUGUGCUACUCUAGGGAGGGUUGGGUUGGGGGAGGGUAGGCAAUCCCCUCUGGUCCAGAUAGAUGUUGUACUCUCUCCUUGAUCGGUUUGUCGAACGUUUGGUGGUCGUCGAAGUCGAGUAGCAGAAUUUGCAUGGAGGGUGCAAGUCGUUGCCUGUUCGGCCCUUUCGUUCCUUGUUUCUUCUCUUUUGUCGUACCAACUUUUGAUAUUGGAUAUAUAUUUAGUAGUAGCAGUUUAGUAAAAACAAGGAAAGAGCAUCAAUGAUCAGGUCGACGAUGAGUUGUUAGCUUCGCACCUGUCGAAUGAAAAGUGUGACAAAAUGAGCACGCGAUGUAGGGGAAGGCAUAUCAUUGUUAGGGUGCUGUUUCUGGAGUGAGCAUUGGAAGCAGCUUUGCUAAUUUCAUCACCACAUGCAUACGGACUCCGUUUUGGGCAUGACAGAGAAGUAGAGUGCAGUUCCUUCAUUCACCCCUUGUUCCCCUUUGGCAGUGUUGCUUGGUUCCAUUGUUUGGGCGUUUCAGAAUUCUCAGUUUAGUUUUUGUUCGUGUUUGGUGAGUGUUUUAUGAUCAUUGCUUUCGGACUAGUUGUUUUUUUUUUUUUUUUUUUUUUUUUUUUUUUUUUUGUGUGUGUGUGUGUGUGUGUGUGUGAGAGAGAGAUUGAUUAGUGGCUAGAUCAACUUGUCCAUGCUGUAGUGCAGAUAGUCUCUUUUGUUUCCAGACCCUGUUGCCAGCUUCCUCCAGCUGUCGCCGAACGGCUGUGUUGUUUAUAUUGGGAGUGAACUUUUAGAGAAUUGUAUAGGGCAGGCAGGACUGAUGCCCAGCUUUGAAGAGGAAUUUCUUUUGCACAUUAUCAGUCUGAUAAUCUCUGAUUGGUUGACAUUUUCCCCUUCAUGUGUGCUGUGUUGCAUUGAUGAGAGUAGUGAAUGCCUAUCAUCUUCAAACUGAAGGAGAAGCGCGGAUCGGUGUCAACCGCCCAAGGAGGGGCAGAAUGUGGCAGUAAAAAGGGGAGCAUAAAUGUGUUUGUGUCUGCUGUCUCUAGUAGGCUGGAUUUGCCGGUGAGGUUGAUUGUUUGCUGUUCCAUCUUAUUGAUUUCGUAUCACCCCACGCUCGGCCAUCGAGUGCAGAACGUAUGUGCAUCAGCAUUAUUCAUUUCUGUGCAUUCCAGUCUGUACUCCGUAAGCAGAGAAGUCUUGUCUGUUACUUCGCCGUGGUUGAUGAAACCAGAGUGCUUGCUGAUAUGUCCACACAUCCUAGCGGCAGAUAUGUUUUUCUUUUCCUUCUUUUCCCCCCUCUAAACCACCAGUGCAUUCGACCCUCUUUUUUCCUUUCCAGAUUUCUUCUGCAUGCCAAAGAAAAAGCAAACUGCUGCGGAUGUGAGAUUGCCUCUUUUUGCCUGGUGCUGCCAGCCUUUUCCGUCCAGUACGCCCAAGCCCCGGAGGUUUAACUUCCGCGUCGGAACAAAAUACCUGUGAAUCA